UCCCUCUGCCCACCACGCCCCGGUCCGCGAACGCCCACCCCCGGCCGCUGCCCCUUCCCCAGAGCCAGACCCGGGCGGACUCCGCUGCCGCCGGCUCCCAGCCCUGGGGCCGCGCCGACCCCUCCGCGCUACUUCCCGCCGCCGGAGAGAAGCCCCUCCACAAAGGAGCGAGGCAGCAGGAGGCGGGGGAUACACGCACGCCCGGCCGCUCCGUCCGGAUGCGGUGAGCCCCAGGCUCGCCUCCGGGGCCGCGCCAGUGCGGGAGGGAAGAAGCGGAGCAGCGGCGGCGGCGGCUCUCCGGCUGCCACCAUGGGCUGCUGCACGGGGCGCUGCACGCUGAUCUUCCUUUGCUCGCUGCAGCUGCUGGCAGCAUUAGAGAGACAAAUCUUUGACUUCCUGGGUUUCCAGUGGGCUCCGAUCCUUGGCAAUUUCCUACAAAUAAUAGUUGUCAUUUUGGGUUUGUUUGGAACCAUCCAGUUUAGGCCUCGAUAUAUAGUCGUGUACACGGUGUGGACUGCCCUGUGGGUCACCUGGAAUGUUUUCAUUAUCUGCUUCUAUUUGGAAGUAGGAGGGCUCUCUAAGGAAACGGAUCUCAUGACCUUUAACAUCUCCAUGCACCGCUCCUGGUGGCGGGAGCACGGGCCCGGCUGCAUACGAAGGGUGGUGCGUCCUUCUUCCCCUGGCAUCCUGGAGGAUUACUCCUACGUCUCCGUGACAGGCUGCAUCAUUGAUUUCCAGUACCUAGAGGUCAUUCACAGCGCUAUCCAAAUACUCCUCUCCCUGAUUGGAUUUGUGUAUGCCUGUUACGUGAUCAGUAUUUUCAUGGAGGAGGAGGACAGCUUUGAUUUCAUAGGCGGACUUGACACAUACUCCUACCGACAGCCCCCCCAGGAACAUGUUGAGUUAAAGCCUGUAAAGCCUGUAGGUCGAAGUAAGUAAUGAACAUGGACUCAAGACUUCUGCUACUGUAGCUGAAGAAACAGAUGUUAGAAAAAAGACCAACCUUGUGAAUCAUCAUUCAGGAAGAAACCCACCACAUCUGCUCCUCACGGCAUGUGGAUUGUUCUUUCCACAGGCUCAGUGUCAUUAUCAGCGUUGUUAUUUCGUAGAUCCUUGUAGAUGAUCUUGAAUUUUUAAAUAAUUUACUUAUAUGGACACUUGUAAAUUGUAAAAUUUUUUCUUUUUUAAUUUCAGUAUUUUUACAAUGUUUAGUGUUGAGGCAUGAAAACAAAACAACCUGUGAAAACUAGGAGGAGGAUGUGUCUUUCUCAAAAGUUCAGUAUUUUUUGACUGAGAGGAUCAUACUGUGCCUGGUCAAGAUUUUGUCAGUAAACAGUAAUUUUGACUUCAAAAUAUGCAGCAGGAGUCAAACCCUAACAGUGAUCAAGAGAUCAUUUCAGUGCUGUCUUUAGAAUUCACUCCUUGGAUUUUUGAACUGCUGAAUGCAGCAGGGAUUGAUGUAUGACUCUUCUUACCCAGAUGUUCAAGCAUAAUGUACUCACCUAAUUAUUGCAGUUCAUAAAUGACUCCUCCUUUCCUAAUCUCUUUUGCCCCAUCUCGAGUAGCUGUCUCUGAUUUGAAGAGAAGUAGGAUGACUGCUCAAUGGAUGUCCAUCUCUAGGAACCCUUACACCCAGGGCUGUUUAGAUGUCUGUGAUUUGCACAUUUUUAAACUCCUUUCCUCCCUUCUCCCAGGAAGAAGCCAAGCAUGAAUGUACAGUACAAGGCACCAACUGAAGCCUUAGAAGCCUCUGGGGACUAAUUUUCUCUUAAUUUAAAAGUAAACAAGCAAAACUGAAAAAUGCGUGUAAAAAUUUGUAAAGUUAUUUGUAAAUACUUCUAGAAAAAGAACAUGUAUGUAACUGUGGUAUUUUGUUUUCUAUUCUGUCACCACUAGCAUAAAGUGAUACACAAAGC